AUGACUGAGACGCGUAAAGAGUUGCUGGAGGCAAUGAAUAAGAUGUUUAAGGCCGAGAAGGAUCUGGUCUUCGCGAAGUUCAAGUUAGUGAAGAGUGAGGAGUCGUUAGCAAAACUAGAAGAGAAGUUCAGUGUUAUGUUGCAGCGCGAGAUACGCGCUCUAGGUGUGCUGGAUAACCUCUCUAAGGAUGGCGAAGUGGCCCUGGGUGACCUUGACUUCGCCUAG